AGGAGAACUGGUGACCAAAAGUAUUGCUGGAUUAAAUGAACUGUAAAGAUGGGGACACUGGUCGAACCAGCGCUGCUGCUACUUUUAUGGCAGAGUGUUUGGGCUUUGGACAUCCCUCUGGAAAUCAGACAACCCCCAACCAUUAUAAAACAGUCAAUGAAGGAGCAUAUUGUUGACCCUAAAGACACCAUGGUCAUUGAGUGUGAAGCGAAAGGAAACCCUCAUCCCAUUUUCUCAUGGAGGCGAAAUGGAAAGUAUUUCAACGUGGCACGUGACCCUCAGGCAUCAAUGCGCAGGCGCUCUGGGACGCUGGACAUCUAUGCCUGGAACAAGCCAGAACAGUAUGAGGCAGAGUAUCAGUGCAUUGCCUCCAAUGAGUAUGGGUCUGCAUACUCCAACAAGAUCAGACUACGACUAUACAGGGCUCCUGUGUGGCCAAGGGAGAUUCUGGAGCCUGUGGUGGUCAGCGCUGGCUUGCCUCUGGUCUUGUCUUGUGACCCUCCACCUGGCCCGCCUAAACCUGAAACCUACUGGAUGUCCAGCUGCUCAUAUGCAAGACCUUUCAACUGGCCGAUUCAGACAGCUUUCCCCACCACGCAGGCUGUGCGGCAGGACCGUAGGGUUUCCAUGGGAGUGAAUGGAGAUUUGUACUUCUCUAAUGUCUUGUUUAAUGACUCUACCACUGACUACUGCUGUAAUGCCCGUUUCCCGUACAAGAACGUCAUCCAGCAGAAGAUGCCAGUGGUUGUUAAAGUGCUUACAACUCGAACAGUGGCUGAGGCUGCCCCCACCUGGCUGUCUCCCACAGGCUCGUCCAGCUCCAUACUGGUCCUGCAAGGGGAGGAGCUUAUUCUGGAGUGUAUUGCUGCAGGAGUGCCGACUCCUCAUAUUACCUGGACCAAGGAUGGUGACGACCUGACAGUGACACCACGUAUGAAAGUAAAGAAUUUCAACAAGAUGAUUCAAAUCCCAAAGGCAUCUUUUGAUGAUGCUGGUGAAUAUGUGUGCACUGCUACCAAUAAGAUCAGCUACAUUGAGCACACAAUAACUGUCAGGGUCAAAGCGGCUCCAUUCUGGUUGGAGAAGCCCACUGAUUUGGUCUUGGCUCCUGAAGAAAAUGGACGUUUGGUAUGUCGUUCUGAUGGGGCUCCUCGUCCCACAGUCAGCUGGUUCAUCAACGGGGAACCAAUUGAAAGUGCUACACCAGAACCUAACAGACAGGUGUCAGGAGACACGCUGAGCUUCCGCAGUGUGACUGCUACAAACACUGCCGUCUACCAGUGUAAUGCUUCAAAUCAGUAUGGGUACUUAUUGGCCAAUGCUUUUGUCAACGUGCUACAUGCUACACCACGUAUUCUUGGGCCCAGAAAUGAACUCAUCAAGGUAAUAGAGGGCAGUCGUACCUUCUUAGACUGCCGCUAUUUUGGUUCUCCAGUGCCUGAACUGCGAUGGUCCAGAUAUGGACAAGGGAAUCUUGAAGGAAAUCGUUUUAAGACCCACAGUAAUGGGACUCUGGAGAUCAAACGUACACAGAUAGACGACCAGGGAACUUACUUGUGUGUAGUCAGCAACAUCGCAGGAAGAGACGAGACUCAAGUUCGAAUAGAGGUCAAAGAGCCCACAUUAAUUGUCACAAAACCUCAAAGUAUGAAAGUCAUUCGUGGAACCGAUGUGCGAUUUGAGUGUGGGGUAAAAGCAGAUGUCACUACUCCUGUCACAACCACCUGGAUGAAAGACAAAAAGCAGCUCACUCUUGGCUGGAGAAUUUCUCUAGAUGAAUCAAAUCUGGUCAUCACUAAUGUAAACACAGGCGAUGAGGGCGAUUAUACCUGUGUCAUCAAGAGUGAACUGGACCAGAAAUCUGCCUCAGCACGCCUAAUGGUGAUGGACCGUCCAGAUCCUCCCACUAACUUGGAGUUGUCGGAUCCAUAUGAACGUAGUGUAAGACUCAGUUGGGUUCCUGGAAACAGCAACCACAAUCCCAUUACAGAUUACUUAGUGCAGUAUGAUGAUGAUGACUGGUUGCCAGGGAAGUGGAGAAACCUAUCAACAUACCCAGGGAACCUCAACUCUGUCAUUCUGCAUCUUUCACCUUUCACAUACUAUGAGUUCAGGGUCAUCGCUAUAAAUGAAAUCGGACUGAGUCGCCCCAGUCGUCCAUCUAUGCGCUUCCAGACCAGUGGUGCACCUCCAGAUGUCAUCCCAAAGAACGUAAAGGGUGUGGGUACGUGGAGGAAUAACAUGGAGAUCAGUUGGGAGCCUCUGACAUACAGAGAGUGGAAUGGGCCCCAUCUGAAGUAUCUAGUGUGGUGGAGAAGGAGAGAUUCCCGAGAAGAGUGGAAGAACGCCACCACUAAAUGGCUGAAAUACUACAUAUAUGAUGCAGAUACUUUCACUCCUUAUGAGAUCAAAGUUCAGGCUGUCAAUGACUUUGGGCUGGGCCCGGAGUCUCCUGUUGUCAUUGGUUACUCUGGGGAAGACCGUCCCUUAACGGCACCCCUGAACCUGAGAGUGUCCAACAUUGAGAGCACUCAGGUGACUGUGCACUGGGACUCAGUGACACGCGGCUCUAUUAUGGGAGAACUCAAGGAAUACAAGGUUUACUACUGGAGGGACAGCAGCCAGCUGAGGUGGCUGAGAGUCAACAGAGGAAUGAAGUCUCAAGCAUUUCAAAACAAUGGUCCAGAGCCGUCAGGGGUCCUCACUGGGCUCAUACCUUACAGCAACUACAAGAUGUACAUAGUGGUGGCAAACAAUCGAUAUGAAGGACCACCCAGUAAUAAUAUACACUUCUCAACACCUGAAGGAGUACCAUCUGCUCCUAGAUCCUUCAGGAUCCAACAGCGACAUCUGGACAGUAUUUAUGUCGACUGGGACUUGCCAGCAGAACCCAACGGUAUCAUCACUGGGUAUUCUCUCAAGUACCAGACAGUGAAUACCACCAGAGGAGAGGAGCUGCAAGUUGAGGAGUUCCCUCCAAAUGUAACAAGCUUCUCAGUCCGCCGAUACGACCGCUACACUCGGUACAGAUUCUCCGUGGCGGCACGAACUCGGGUCGGGAGAGGGGAAUGGCAUACGGAGGAGUCACCCCACUAUACCACUGAAAUAUACGCUCAGGACCAGGUGGACAUCUCCACUCAGGGCUGGUUCAUAGGGAUAAUGUGUGCUGUGGCCCUCAUUGUGCUCAUACUUCUCGUAGUCUGCUUCAUCAAGAGGAGCCGAGGGGGGAAAUACCCAGUACGAGAGAAAAAGGACAUUUCAUUGGAGCCAGUGGAUGACAAAGAUCAAGAGGGAUCAUUUGAUUAUCGGUCUCUUGAAAGGAUAGCACGUGUCUCCACUCUGCCCUACCCCCGAAGGGAGGAGGAAAGAGGGCUUCAAAGAGGCCAGCCGUCUAUGGAAGCAAUGAUGAAGCGAUCAGACAGUGACGAUAGUCUGGUGGACUACGGAGAAGGAGGAGAGAUGCCAUUCAACGAGGACGGCUCAUUCAUCGGUCAGUACACUGGAACCAGGAGAGAUGUCAGGGAGCUGGACUUUGGUGGAAGUCUUGAGCUUCACUCGCCAAUGAACACCAUCUACUCCCUGGCAUAAAACUCGAAAUUGAAACGUCCUUUCUGACUUCAGCUCAACUGUCGUGUAACUUUACCCGGCUUGUACCCUCCACCUUCAAUUAAGAACCUGGAGGAACCUGCGGUGCUUGCAGUUUGUCUGCAGGAGGGAACAGCUGGAGACUGGAGCUGUUAUACCCUCUGUGUCCUUGCAGCCAACACAGCUUUCAGCAUUUUAAGAAGAAAAUGGUGGAUGGUUGGGACAAUGUUUCUAGAGACAUGCUUAAUCAUCUGACAAAAAGGAAGCUUGACCUUUUGUUUUGUAAAUAAAAAUACUGUGUUUAUGCACAUGCCUACACAUACACUCAAUUAUGGAGAAAGACUGGCUGCACAUCAGAAGAGACAGAAGUGGAUCAGUUUAUCAUGUUGAUAAAAGCAGAUGCAAGGACCCACUUAACUACUAUUAUAACAGCUUACUUUAGUUUAUUCUGCUAAUUUAAAUAAUGAGAUUUGUGUUACUUUUGUAUGUUGAUUGACUGAAAUAAGGGUCAAACUUUCACCAUCAGGUGAGCCACAAUGUAAUCUCAGAAUUUAAAUUGCCUCCCCUUGGCAACAUGUACCUUUAAUGUAUAAAAAUGUUGCUGGGGAUGGGUGUAGGAUAAUAUAUAAUAUAUCCAGGGACUGAUGAUUCAACUGGAUGGAAGGUUUGCAAAUUAUGGCCUGAUGGGAGGCAAGAGAUCAAACCAUUUGGAAAAUCACCAAGCAACUAUAAACCAGCUAUAAAUAUGAAGUUUCUCUAUUUCUCUAUGAACUGGUCUCCCCAUCUCACUCACUAUGGCGAUAGAGAUUAUUAAUCCUUAUGUAAUAGCUUUUGUUUAUUUGACUCCUAACAUCAAAUAUCUGUUACCACAGUUAUGUCCUAAUGUAA